UCUCCUAUUUGCAACAAUUCAACCACACACAUGUCCACACACAGCCCAAUAAAACUCUGAAACAAAGCAGCAAGCAACGAGGCUACUACUACUACUAGUGGGCACCUCCUCCAAUACACACGCUUCACUCUCACGCACGCACACAGCUAGCUACUCGCUACUCCUCCUACAUAGCCAUAGCCCGUACAGCUAAGCUAGCCACCUCCUCCUCUAUUUUGUUCUCCUCCGCCAUCGCCAUUGCCAUUGCCUACGAGAUGGCGUCUGCCGCGGCGUCGCGACCACCGCCACCACCGCCGCCGCCGCCAUCCUCCGCCGCCGCUGCGGGGGCGGCGGCGCAGUGGCUCAGCCCGAGGGUGUCGUUCAGCCUCGACGACGCGGGGGGUGGAGGUGGCGUGGGGAGAGCGGAGGCGGUGGCGGUGGCAGGGAAGGGGAGCGCCGACUUCGAGUUCCUCCUCGGGUGCUCCGCCGUGUCGAUGCUCCCUGCCGACGAGCUCUUCUCCGGUGGGAAGCUCGUGCCGCUCCGUCUCCCCGGCGUGGCGGCGUCGUCGUUUUCGUUGGCGGCGGUGGAUGGGGAGGCGGCGGCGGCGGCGGCGACGGUGGUGAGUCAGUCUCCGGCGGCGUUGCAGGUGGAGGCGGUGGCGAUGAAGGAGAAGGUGGUGGUGGAGGCUAAGAUCCCGGCGAGGCGGUGGCGGGAUCUCCUCCGGCUAAGGAAGCAGCAGGCGUCGUCUUCGUCUUCGUCAUCGUCGGCGACGUCGUCGUCCGAGCCCAAGCCGCUCCGCCGCCUCCUUCGCCGCGGGCCGAAGCCACCGGAGCCAGAGCCAUCGCUGAGCCUCCCGCUCCUCCGCGAGCCCGUCUCCGUCCCCGCCGACGAGCCCGACACCACCAAACACGACAAGCUCACGCCGCCAUCCCCGUCGACCCAGCAGCUGCCACCCAAGAUCCGCCUCUCGCCGACGCAGGCGCCACCGCCACCGCCACCUCCGCCUCCGCCGCCGCCCGCCGUGGCGGCCGACAGCCCGCGCCUCAACGCGGCCGGCAAGGUCGUCUUCAACGGGCUGGGCCGCAGCUCCAGCAGCCCGAGCAGCCUCGCCGGCGGCCGCCGCCACCACCACGGCCGCAACGGCGGCGGCGGCAUCGAGCGCUCCUACUCGGCGCACGUCCGCGUCGCCCCCGUCCUCAACGUCCCCGUCUGCUCCCUCCGCGGCUCACGCAAGUCCGUCUCCGUCUUCGGCAUCGACCGCCUCUUCUCCCCCUCCUCCUCCUCCUCCUCCGCCGCCGCCGCCGCCGCCGCCUCCAAGAAAGGCAAGCUCGCGAAGAAGGAAGCAGCCACCACCAUGGCCGCCGCCGCCGCCGCACCGCAGUAACUUCUUGACAAAAUCACAAUUCACCACGCACCAUUGAUGAGAGCUUUAGCUUCGUCGUUUUUUCUGUUAAUUAAUUAAUUAAUCCUUUUGGUUUUUGAGGGAUCGAUGGCUGCUGCUUAAUUAUGCUAAUGAUUAAUUAAGCAAGCUCCUCUAGUAGUGAGAUGAGACUACUACUACUACUACCUGUAAAAAUCAGUAGUAAUCACCAUUCCCAAACUACUGUUUUCUUGCAGAGAAUUUAGCACUUUGGCAUGUAAAUACUCCAGGUGAGGGAGUGAGUAACUGAAGAAUGAUUCAGAUCAGCGAUCGAGUACUCCUGAUUAAUUAACCUUUCCAUGUUCUUUCCU